UACCUUUCGACAGCCUUGAACAUCGCGGCUUACUCUCCAACCGACAUCUCUGAAGACAUCUCGCCGUUACUCGUCGCAGAGUAGCGGUACUAUCACAAUGGCCCCUUCUCGCGAGGCUUUGGUUAACCGUGGGGAUGAAGAUGAGGUCUGCCCCGUCUGCAAAUCUUCGCGGUACUUGAACCCAGACAUGCGAUUUCUUAUCAACCCAGAAUGCUACCACAAAAUGUGCGAGUCGUGCGUGGACAGAAUAUUCUCUUCAGGGCCUGCGAACUGCCCCGUAGCGGGUUGCCACAAGACACUGAGAAAGAAUCGAUUUCGCAAGCAGACAUUCGAGGAUAUAAACGUUGAGAGGGAGGUAGAUAUACGGCGCAGAGUUAUGACAGUUCUCAACCGCCGAGAAGAAGAGUUCGAUUCCAAGCUAGACUGGGAUAACUUCCUGGAGCAGCGGGAGGAAAUCAUAUUUAAUCUCGUCAACAAAAUCGAUGUCGCAAAAACCGAAUCCGACCUGCAAAGCUAUGCGUCGGAGAACAUGCGCUCCAUCCGUGCGAAUCAAGCCCUCGAAGCGAAAGAAGUCACGUCUUUUCAAGAACGCCAAAACCAAGAGCAAGAGCUGGCACGUCUACGGCGGCAGGCUGCCAAGGAAGAGUACGAGAACGAACGAAAGGAGCUGUUGGCUGGCCGAGAAGAAGUUCUCAGCCGCCUUGCAAGUGGACGAGGGGCAGACGCUGCUUCCAUCGCGCGAGAGGGCCAGAAGGUCUUGCUCAAGAAAUCUUCAGCACGGCGUAGCGAAGAGGAUAGAAUCAGACAGAAACAGGCUGCACUGCGUGGGACAGAUGCCAAAAAGCCUGGCGCCACUGGUGCUGCGGCAAGCGAAGAGGGUGGGUCGGGCUUGAUUAAAGGUCUCAAGAAGAUCAAAACCCCAGAGCCGGAGUUGCCCUACGAUCCUUUUGGUGGGAUGGUUCCCUACAAACGGGACUAUUACACCAUACGCGACUAUUAUCCGUCUCCCUAUCUUGAUCAUGUUCGACAAGAUACUCGAGUGCUUGCAGGGGGUUAUGACAUUCAGGAAUACUAUUCACGAACCAUGCUCGAGGCCUUUGCAGGAUUAGGAUGUUUCAUCGAUGAAGAAGUUCCGCAACGAGAAGUGAGCUCCUUUAAUGCCAUGAAACCUAUCGGCACAGAGGGAACUGCUCUAGCCGCCGGCUCAGAAUCGAGCAGCAAGUGAUCCGUAUAGUACAAGCAAGAACGCCUCAAAAAGGAGGCCAUUGCUUUUGCACUUUUUGUUUAUUGCAUAGCGGCGGCGUUUUGUCUUUUGGCUAUCUUCGCAUAGAUUAUUUGGACCAUGGUCAUAUAGCAGAAAUUGGUGUACAUGGUGUAUAGAUAGGUGCAAUCAAAAUACAAAUUCCGAGUUAC